GGAACGGAUUAAAAUGAAAAUUAGAAAAAUGAACUCCUAACUCCCCAAGUAUUUUAGGCUUUUAGCCGAAAAGGCGGGUGGAAAACAAGCAAGGCCGAACCAAUUUACCCAGACACGGGAGAUGGAAUCAUCACAGACGCAAAGUGGCGUGGGAGUGGGAGCAACGUCGCCGGCGGCGGCAGCCGCUACCGGCGGCAGUGGAGGGAACGGGAUGAUCCAUCAAGCCAACGAUUCUGCGGCCGCAGCCGCUGCCGCCGCUGGCGAGGAUUCGAAGCAAAACCUGAACGACGUCAUCAACUCCAUCCAGAAGACUCUUGGUCUUCUCCACCAGCUCUACCUCACCGUCUCUUCCUUCAACGUCGCCUCUCAGCUCCCUCUCCUCCAGCGCUUGAAUGCUCUCGUCUCAGAGCUCGACAACAUGAUGAAAUUGUCUGAGAAGUGCAGUAUUCAGGUUCCCAUGGAGGUUCUUAAUUUGAUCGAUGAUGGAAAAAAUCCAGAUGAAUUCACAAGGGAUGUUAUAAAUAGCUGCAUCGCUAAAAAUCAGAUCACCAAGGGUAAAACUGAUUCCUUCAAGAGUUUACGGAAGCAUCUUUUGGAAGAACUUGAACAGGCAUUUCCUGAUGAAGUGGAAUCAUACAGAGAAAUACGGGCAACUUCUGCUGCUGAAUUGAAACGACUUGCGCAAGCACAGAGUGUACUGCCAAAUGGUGAUGUUAAGGUUAAACAGGAGCUCUAAUGCCACGUUAUUGGUGAAUAAGGUUUAUACUCAUCAUGUUUGUAACCUUCCAAGUUGUCUAUAAACAAAUUUAUUGCUCAAUAUGAGAUUAAUGCAUUCAUUUAUCUGGCGUAGCCACCUUUGUAGCCUGAGUUUCUUUCUGGAAUAGAUGAUUAGCUAUCAGAAAAUGUGACAACUUUGUGAGGAAUGAUUGAUCCUGUUACUGAUUAAAUCCUUUAGCAGAGUUUCAACACGCUUGAAAUGUGCUGGAGAUUUUCUGUUUAA